AUGCCAGAUCGAAAAGCUUUGAAUUACUUGAAUUCGUACGCUCAAAGUGGAAGGGAAUGCCACCAACAAACACAACCUUCAGAGCAGAUAUCACAGCAACUUUCGCAGCCUAUACAGCCUCUACAGGCCCCACAGGCCCCUAUUCCUGCACAACCUGCAACAAUAGUUCCCACUACAUCAUCACUUAAAGCUUCUACUUACAAUGCUAUUAUAGACCAACCUCCUUACCAACCUUUUCAUUAUAGUCAAUAUACUCAUCCAACAUACCCCCCAAGUUCAGCUUCAAACUAUUACUAUUAUGAGCAAAGUAGAUCAGUACCUCAGUUACCUAUCCAAAUUGUAUCCUCACAACAACAACAACAACAACAACAACAUUUACCAGAACUGACACAGCAACAUUCUGGACAAAUUACGCAGCAACCUCUACAACAGCAUUUAUCUUCAACUUUACAUGCAUAUCCAUUACACCCCUCAACUUCAAACCCUUCUAAUUAUCAAUCUACAAUUCAAUUGCCUGUUCAGUAUCCAUCUAAUUUUAUACCUCCACCAGUCACCACUCCUCCAUACUACCAUAACAACAACAACAGUCACAACCACUCUAACACAACCACCAAUAACAAUGAUAAUAUCAAUAAUGAAAACCAUUCAUUCAUUAAUGACAGAACGAGAACUCAAAGUGAACUUCACAAUGCCACCGAAAUUGAAACUAGCUACAAACACUCAAGUAGAUUGGUUGAUGGCAAUUAUAAGGUUGACAAAAAAAGCAUUCCGUACACAUUCAAACCCAAUUCUUCAAAAUCAUCUGUUAACCAUUUUCGAGUUGAUUCUAAGUUAAGAAGAAGUCCAGAAGUCGAUAACUGGAAAAAUGCGAAGUCUGUUGAACUAUUCCAAAAAUUGAAAUGGUUGAACUCCAACAAACGUGAGAUUUUGGAAUUAAUGAGAGUCGUUGACAAUGACGAAAAGUUACAAAGUCUUCUUUAUGCAGAAAUAGAAAGUGGGAGUAAUACUGAUUGUAAAAUUGAGGAAUUUUACAAUCAUAUUAAUACGUAUGCAAAUAGCAAAGUUUUGAAGUUUCAUUCUGUUUCUCAAAAUUUGAGUAAUCUAACGAACAUUUGGCUCAAGAUGAAGAAGAUUGAGAGCCACGGAAGCGUAGAUUCUCAACCAAUCAUAGAUCAAAAAUUCGCAUUAACAUUACAACCAUCAACCUCCUCUCCGUUUGCAACAGGAACUCAACCCAAUAAAUACAACCUCAAUAAUAUAAAUCCAACAAGUAGUUACCCUGGAGAGUCUGUCUCGUUACAGGUUGUACCUCUGAGACUUAACGACAAACAACAGCAUAUCGAUUUUAAAUCACAAGGUGUACUACAUCCGGAUUUAAGUAUAAAAAUGAAGAUGGUGUGUGCUCACUGUGGCUCAACAUCAACUCCAGAAUGGAGGAAAGGCCCAGAAGACGCAAGAACUUUAUGUAAUGCUUGUGGAUUAUUUCAUAUGAAGUUAGUAAAAAGAAUCGGAGCUGAAGCUGCAGCUAAAGAACUAAGGAAAAGACGAGAAAAUGGUGAACAAAAUAAUAGGAGACUGUAA